AUGGAGAAGUUCCAGGCUGGUAUGGUCCUAGCGGGGGUGGGGGACGCCCUGGGCUACCGUAAGGGCCGGUGGGAGAGCUGCCCCUCUGGGCCACAGAUCCAGGAAGAGCUGGCCUCUCUGGGAGGCCUGGGGGCUCUGAAACUGGACCCAGACAACUGGCCCCUCAGCGACGGAGCCCUGAUGCACAUGACCACCGCUGAGGCCCUCAUCACAGGUGAGGACAGGACACACCCACAGAGGUUAGAGGAGGGUGGAUGGGGAGGAGGGCAUGGGGGUUAGGGGACAUAGGGGGUUGGUGCUAGUUGACCAUGCUAGAAGGGAUGGAUACUAACUAAAUAGUAACAUUGACCAAUCAAUAGUACUUGCUCAUUGGUUCCAACGAUAUUAUCACUUUAUGACCAUCUAAGAUACAGUGCCUGUGUUAGCCUAGUAAAGGAAACUAGUAAAGGAAAACUAGUAAAGGAAACUAGUGAAGGAAACUAAUAAAGGGAAACUAGUAAAGGGAACUAGUAAAGGAAACUAGUGAAGGGAAACUAGUAAAGGAAACGAAUAAAGGGAAACUAGUAAAGGGAACUAGUAAAGGGAACUAGUAAAGGGAAACUAGUAAAGGGAACUAAAAUAGUUGAGCUCUCUGAGACAGUGAGACCACCAGUAGUCUGGUGUUUCUCUCAUUCUCACUGACACAUUCACUCACUUACUCUCUCUUCACUCUCCUAAACCUCUCACUAUCUCCUCAAUCAUUAACACACACACACACCUGUCCAGUCUGAUUUUACAGAGAGACGAGAAUAGCAGUCUUUUAAGUCUCUAGGACUAGUCUGUGGAAACUCCUAAUCACUGGAUGGGCCAUAUUUCUUCCGGACAAUGCCUGGCUGACACCAUAAUCCCUAUAGCAGUUAGAAAUGACUCAGCGCAGGCCGUAAUCCCAAACACCUCCAUGUGUCAUCACAUCUACACUUCAUCUCUUCAUCAGAGGAGCCUAGCCUGGUCCCAGAUCUGUUUGUGCUGUCUUGCCAACUCCUAUGGUCAUGGCAAUGGAAUUGGCAAGACCAUAGGAGUUAGCAGUGGUGGAAAAAGUACCCAAUUGUCAUACUUGAGUAAAAGUAAAGAUACCUUAAUAGAAAAUGACUCAAGUAAAAGUGAAAGUCACCCAGUAAAAUACUACUUGUGUAAAAGUCAAAGUAUUUGGUUUUAAAUAUACUUCAGUAUCAAAAGUAAAUGUAAUUGCUAAAAUAUACUUAAGUAUCAAAAGUAAUUCCUUAUAUCAAGCAAACCAGACGGCAUCAUUUUCUUGUUUUUUAAAUUUACGGAUAGCCAGGGGCAUGCUCCAACACUCAGACAUAAUUUACAAAUUAAGCAUGUGUGUUUAGUGAGUCCGGAUGCAGUGGGGAUGACCAGGGAUGUUCUCUUGAUAAGUGUGUGAAUUAGACCAUUUGCCUGUCCUACUAAGCAUUCAAAAUGUAACAAGUACUUUUGGGUGUCAAGGGAAAUGUAUGGAGUAAAAAGUACAUAUUUUCUUUAGGAAUGUAGUGAAGUAAAAGUAAAAGUUGUCAAAAAUAUAAAUAGUAAAGUACAGAUACCCCAAAAACUACUUAAGUAGUACUUUCAAGUAUUUUUACUUAAGUACUUUAAACAACUGGGAGUUAGCAAAACAACACAAACAGAUCUGGGACCAGGCUCCGCUGGGCAGCCUGACAGGACAACACGUAUGUCACCAACCCACCGCUGGCCUGGAUGUCUGGAGCUGCCAGGAGCUGCCAGGAGCUGCCAGGUCAGAUAAGUCCAAAAUAGAACAUGAGUCUGUCCUCAGGCAGAGAACAAUAGAGAGACAAGGUCUCAUCACAUCACUGUAGCUACUAUUUUUUUUAUUGUAUUUUACCUUUAUUUUUUAUUUUACCUGGUCAGAAGUAAUGCAUUAUAAAAGAGGGUGCCAUUUGGGAGGCAGACAGUGUUGUGACUAGGGGGCUAUUUAGGAGGCAGACAGUGUAGUGACUAGGGUGCUAUUUAGGAGGCAGACAGUGUAGUGACUAGGGUGCUAUUUAGGAGGCAGACAGUGUAGUGACUAGGGUGCUAUUUAGGAGGCAGACAGUGUAGUGACUAGGGUGCUAUUUAGGAGGCAGACAGUGUAGUAACUAGGGUGCUAUUUAGGAGGCAGACAGUGUAGUAACUAGGGCGCUAUUUAGGAGGCAGACAGUGUAGUAACUAGGGUGCUAUUUAGGAGGCAGACAGUGUAGUAACUAGGGCGCUAUUUAGGAGGCAGACAGUGUAGUAACUAGGGCGCUAUUUAGGAGGCAGACAGUGUAGUGACUAGGGUGCUAUUUAGGAGGCAGACAGUGUAGUGACUAGGGCGCUAUUUAGGAGGCAGACAGUGUAGUGACUAGGGGGCUAUUUAGGAGGCAGACAGUGUAGUGACUAGGGUGCUAUUUAGGAGGCAGACAGUGUAGUGACUAGGGUGCUAUUUAGGAGGCAGACAGUGUAGUGACUAGGGUGCUAUUUAGGAGGCAGACAGUGUAGUGAAGGGCAUUCACACCGCUUGUCUUGUCUGGUAAACUAGGAUGAGAAGAUGGAAUGAAUGAUUUUCAUUCAGUUACUUUGACACCAGUAAUCCCCCUUCGCUCCACUUCUUUACACCCACUGAUUGGAACUCCCCCUCCCUCUCUUCCUGACACCCGUCUGGUUCCUCCCUGUCCUGAGGGUGUAGCCUGGACCCUGAGUCCUGAAUCAGAGGUGACACACACACAGACAACACACCAAUGACACACACACACACUCCACACCAAUGACACACAUACACACACAAACAUAUGCACCAACCCAUGAUACACAGGUGUGGAGCCCCCACAUCAGAACACAUGGUCUAAUCUAAGCACAGCACAGCAGGCUAAACAUAGACUCUCAUCUGGCUGGUAUGGCAAACAUGCCACAGCCCCCCCACGGACAGACAGGGUCUGACUCCCAACCACUCUGUGUGAGUGUUUAUAUAUUUAUAGAGGAGAGGAGAGGAGAGGAUGGAGAGAGAGGAAGAGAGAGGAGAGGAGAGACGAGAGAGAGAGGCUAGUCGUAUCUCGCAUGAGAGGAUCGAGCGGAGACCGAGAGUCUCUACGAGCUGUUCGUGUGGAGAGUGAGACGUGUACGGAGAGUCUUGUAGCGCGACGAGAUAGACGGCGUGAGUAUAAGAGGUUGAGUGGACAGGCACACAAAUAUUUUUUGGAUGGUUAACUUUAACGUUUUUAUGCAUCAUGUACAUCAUAGUUGACAACAUUACAGACCUCACUAGUGUCACUACAUUCAUCCACCUCUGGCCUGCUGGCCCCCCUACCUCUACCUCUGGCCUGCUAGCCCCCCUACCUCUACGGAAGCACAGUUCCCGCUCAGCCAGUCAAAGCUAUUCGCUGCUCUGGCACCCCAAUGGUGGAACAAGUUCCCCACGACGCCAGGACAGCGGAGUCACUGACCACCUUCCGGAGACACUUGAAACCCUACCUCUUUAAGGAAUACCUGGAAUAGUAAAAUAGUUGGCCCUUUGCAGGUGUAUUUAAUGACAAGCUUCCAGACUUGCAGUUGCAUUAACUAUGCUGUGUGUAAACUGUGGUGAGGUAACUAUGCUGUGUGUAAACUGUGGUGAGGUAACUAUGCUGUGUGUAAACUGUGGUGUGGUAACUAUGCUGUGUGUAAACUGUGUUGUGGUAACUAUGCUGUGUGUAAACUGUGGUGUGGUAACUAUGCUGUGUGUAAACUGUGGUGUGGUAACUAUGCUGUGUGUAAACUGUGGUGUGGUAACUAUGCUGUGUGUAAACUGUGGUGUGGUAACUAUGCUGUGUGUAAACUGUGGUGAGGUAACUAUGCUGUGUGCAAACCGUGUUGUGGUAACUAUGCUGUGUGUAAAUUGUGGUGAGGUAACUAUGCUGUGUGUAAACUGUGGUGUGGUAACUAUGCUGUGUGUAAACUGUGGUGUGGUAACUAUGCUGUGUGCAAACCGUGUUGUGGUAACUAUGCUGUGUGCAAACCGUGUUGUGGUAACUAUGCUGUGUGUAAACUGUGGUGUGGUAACUAUGCUGUGUGCAAACUGUGGUUUGGUAACUAUGCUGUGUGUAAACUGUGGUGUGGUAACUAUGCUGUGUGUAAACUGUGGUGUGGUAACUAUGCUGUGUGUAAACUGUGGUGUGGUAACUAUGCUGUGUGUAAACUGUGGUGUGGUAACUAUGCUGUGUGUAAACUGUGGUGUGGUAACUAUGCUGUGUGUAAACUGUGGUGUGGUAACUAUGCUGUGUGUAAACUGUGGUGUGGUAACUAUGCUGUGUGUAAACUGUGGUGUGGUAACUAUGCUGUGUUUAAACUGUGUUGUGGUAACUAUGCUGUGUGUAAACUGUGGUGUGGUAACUAUACUGUGUUUAAACCGUGUUGUGGUAACUAUGCUGUGUGUAAACUGUGGUGUGGUAACUAUGCUGUGUGUAAACUGUGGUGUGGUAACUAUGCUGUGUGUAAACUGUGGUGUGGUAACUAUGCUGUGUGUAAACUGUGGUGUGGUAACUAUGCUGUGUUUAAACUGUGUUGUGGUAACUAUGCUGUGUGUAAACUGUGGUGUGGUAACUAUGCUGUGUGUAAACUGUGGUGUGGUAACUAUGCUGUGUGUAAACUGUGGUGAGGUAACUAUGCUGUGUGUAAACCGUGUUGUGGUAACUAUGCUGUGUGUAAACUGUGGUGUGGUAACUAUACUGUGUUUAAACCGUGUUGUGGUAACUAUGCUGUGUGUAAACUGUGGUGUGGUAACUAUGCUGUGUGUAAACUGUGGUGUGGUAACUAUACUGUGUUUAAACCGUGUUGUGGUAACUAUGCUGUGUGUAAACUGUGGUGUGGUAACUAUGCUGUGUGUAAACUGUGGUGAGGUAACUAUACUGUGUUUAAACCGUGUUGUGGUAACUAUGCUGUGUGUAAACUGUGGUGUGGUAACUAUGCUGUGUGUAAACCGUGUUGUGGUAACUAUGCUGUGUGUAAACCGUGUUGUGUUCUGUGUUGUUCCAGACUACUGGUGUUUGGAGGACCUCUACAGGGAGCUGGUCAGGGUGUAUGUUGAGGCCAUGGCGUCUCUCCAGGGUCGCCCUCCUGACCCAGCCACCGUGGAGGGAUGUGCUCACCUCAAACCCAACAACUUCCUGCUGGCCUGGCACACACCCUUCAAUGAGAAAGGUCAGAGGUCACAACACACAGAUGUGUGAGGUCUAAUGGUGACAUGAUUUAGUAGGGUUCAGUUCAACCUGCACAUGUGCAGUCUCUCUCUCUGUGUAUCUCACCAUGUGGCAAUUCUCCUGAUGGGUUUUGUGCAGGUUCUGUGUUUGGUGCAGCCACUAAGGCAAUGUAUGUGUGUCUCACAGUGUGUGUGUGUCUCACUGUGUGUGUGUGUGUGUGUGUGUGUGUGUGUGUGUGUGUGUGUGUGUGUGUGUGUGUGUGUGUGUGUGUGUGUGUGUGUGUGUGUGUGUGUGUGUGUGUGUGUGUGUGUGUGUGUGUGUUCCUCACCAGGUUCUGGGUAUGGAGCUGCCACCAAGGCCAUGUGUGUGGGGAUGAAGUACUGGCAGCCUGAGAGGCUGGACAACCUAGUGGAGGUCAGCAUUGAGACGGGACGCAUGACCCACAACCACCCUACAGGUACUAUACAACAUGACCCACAACCACCCUACAGGUACUAUACAACAUGACCCAACCACCCUACAGGUACCAUACAACAUGACCCACAACCACUCUACAGGUACCAUACAACAUGACCCAACCACCCUACAGGAACCAUACAACAUGACCCAACCACCCUACAGGAAUCAUACAACAUGACCCACAACCACCCUACAGGAAUCAUACAACAUGACCCAACCACCCUACAGGAAUCAUACAACAUGACCCACAACCACCCUACAGGAACCAUACAACAUGACCCAACCACCCUACAGGAAUCAUACAACAUGACCCAACCACCCUACAGGUAUCAUACAACAUGACCCAACCACCCUACAGGAAUCAUACAACAUGACCCACAACCACCCUACAGGAAUCAUACAACAUGACCCAACCACCCUACAGGAAUCAUAGCCUAGACGUUAUAGUAUAGCCUGCUAUUUAACUAGCCUGGUCCCACAUCUGUUUGCGCUGUCUUGCUCUAGUGAUUAUCCUGGGGACGAGGUUAGUGUCUUGCCAACUUCUAUAGGCAAAACAACAGCAACAGAUCUGGGAGCAGGCUGGAUUUACCUGGCAUCACCAUCUAUAGUGACAUAAUACUGACCUGGCUGAUUCCAACAGGUUUCCUGGGCUCUCUGACCACGGCUCUGUUUGCGUCGUACGCGGUGCAGGGCAAACCGCUGGUGACCUGGGGUCGCGACCUCAUGAAGGUCAUCCCCAAAGCCGAGGAGUACUGUAAGAAGACCAUACGCCACAUGGCAGGUGUGUGUGAGAGUGUGUGUGUGUGUGUGUGUGUGUGUGUGUGUGUGUGUGAUUAAAUGGGACUAUAUGUUGUGUCCACUGCAGAGUACCAGGAGAAGUGGUUCUACUUCGAGGCUAAGUGGCAGUUCUACCUGGAGGAGAGAGAACUGGAGCAGGAGGCGCAGAACAAGCCACUGUUCCCUGACACCUACAACGCCGAGGAGACAGACAAGGUCAUCCAUUGGUUCCAUUCUACCUGGCAAACUGGAUAUUUAAAGACAUUUGACAGAUGUAUUUGACCAAGGUGUGCUCUCCUCACAGGUGUAGAAGUAUUUAACCCAGGUGUGUCCUCCUCUUCCCAGGUGUAGAAGUAUUUAACCCAGAUGUGUCCUCCUCUCCUCAGGUGUAGAAGUAUUUAACCCAGGUGUGUCCUCCUCUCCUCAGGUGUAGAAGUAUUUAACCCAGGUGUGUCCUCUCCUCAGGUGUAGAAGUAUUUAACCCAGGUGUGUCCUCCUCUCCUCAGGUGUAGAAGUAUUUAACCCAGGUGUGUCCUCCUCUCCCCAGGUGUAGAAUUAUUUAACCCAGGUGUGUCCUCCUCUCCCCAGGUGUAUAGGCGCUGGAGCUCAGAGGGCCGUGCUGGACGGAGGGGCCAUGACGCUCCCAUGAUAGCCUACGAUGCUCUCCUGGCCUCAGGCUCCGACUGGACCCAGCUCUGCCGCCGCGCCAUGUUCCACGGAGGUGGGCUGUGUGUGUGUGUUGUGUGUGUGUUGUGUGUGUUGUGUGUGCUUGCCAUUAGUAUCAGUUCUGAGCCAUUCAUUGUGUCCCCCAGGGGAGAGCAGUGCCACAGGGCUGAUAGCAGGCUGUCUGUACGGUCUCCUGUUCGGCCUGUCCCAGGUCCCUGAAGGGCUGCACCAGGAUGUGGACCGACGCACUCGGCUGGAGGAGCUCGGAGCCGAGCUGUACAGGGCAGCCUCUGCAGAGAGGAGCACAGAGAAGUAACAACACCACCCUGCCCACACCGCCCUCUUCUGGCCGACAUAGGAACUACACAUGAAUGACUUCUCCAUGGCUGGCUGCUGGCUGCUGGCUGCUCACCUGCCUACCUACCUACCUACCAGUGGAGGCUGAUGGGAG